GCCACGGUCACAACCAACCGUGCUGACUAGCGAGCUAGCUGUCCACAUAACUCCAGCUGAGAGGAAGCAACGGGACGGGAGGAAAUCAGAAGAGAUGGGAUCUGGGAUUCAUAAUAAAAUGUGUUUGAGCCGAGCCCUUCUCACAGGCUGGAUACUGCUGCUGGUCCAGCUGCUGUGUUUAGAGGCAGUGCCCAUCAGUAUGGAUAAAACAAAAGUCAAAGAGCCGGAGAAAACACCUGAAGAGCCUCCAGCUAGUGUGGACACUGGACUCCACUAUGACCGCUACCUCAGGGAAGUCAUUGAUUUUUUAGAGAAAGAUCAGCAUUUCAGAGAAAAGCUCCACAAUACAGACAUGGAAGACAUCAAGCAAGGUAAGCUGGCCAAAGAGCUGGACUUUGUCAGCCAUCAUGUCAGAACAAAACUGGAUGAGUUGAAGAGACAGGAGGUAAACCGACUCCGGACUCUGAUUAAGGCCAAGCAAGACCUGGAAGGAGGGAAUGAUAUAGCAGUGGACCACCAGGCCCUGCUGAAACAGUUUGAAUACUUGAACCACAUGAACCCACAUACAUUUGAAGUGGAUGACCUGGAUCGACUCAUCAAAUCGGCCACUAAAGACCUGGAGAACUAUGACAAAGAGAGACACGAUGAGUUCAAGAGGUAUGAAAUGAUGAAAGAACAUGACAGACGGGAACACCUGAAGACACUGGAUGAGGAGGAGAGGAAGAAAGAGGAGGAGCACUAUGAAGAGAUGAGGAAGAAGCAUGCUGACCACCCUAAAGUCAACCACCCGGGUAGCCAGAAUCAGCUGAAGGAGGUGUGGGAGGAAGCUGAUGGCUUGGACCCUGAAGAUUUUGACCCCAAGACCUUUUUCAACCUUCAUGAUACCAAUGGAGACGGCUUUUUUGACGAGCAGGAACUGGAGGCAUUGUUCACCAAAGAGCUUGAAAAAAUUUAUGACCCCACCAAUGAAGAGGAUGAUAUGGUGGAGAUGGAGGAAGAGAGGCUACGUAUGAGAGAGCACGUUAUGAAUGAGGUGGAUUCUAACAAAGACCGGCUGGUUUCUUUAGAUGAGUUCCUUGUUGCUACAAAGAAAAAAGAAUUCUUGGAGCCAGAUAGCUGGGAGACCCUGGAGCAGAACCAGGCCUACACAGACGAGGAGAUGAGGGAGUUUGAGGAGCAUCUUGCUCAGCAGGAACAGGACCUCAGCCUGAAAGCUUUUGACCUCCAGAAACAGAGAGACGAGCUGGAGAGACAACAGGAGCAGCUUAACGCACAGAAAAUUGAGCUGCAGCAGGCAGUCGAGCAUAUGGAACGGCUGAAAUCCCAGAAAGUAGAACCCCCUCCAGAGGUCCAUGUUGAAGGAAAUGCUAUCCCAGAGAUGCAUGCAGAUGACAACCAGCUGCAUCUUGAACAAGAGGCCCAACCACAAGCACAUCAACCUGCACCCCAAGCUCCUCAAGAUACACCUCAGGAACACCACGAACAACAAAAUCAAGUCCUGAUCCAGCAAGGUCUCCCCCAGACACACCAGGAUCUGCCACCAGGCCACCAAGAAGCUGCUGCACAAGGCCAGCAUAACCUGCCAUAACAAUGCACUACCAGACUUUUGCAGUACUUCCACUCCAGCAAGCAGAGAAGCAGUCCCUCCUGAGUAUUAGGCAUCUUUAACCAGCGUGACUUAGGGGUUGGGAGGACACUUGGUGAUGAAGGAGAGCAGCACAAAAGGAAUCCCUGUUGAAUGACACCAGUGUUUGUAAACAACUGUAAUCCUUGGAUCACAUAAUGGCAUUACAACAGUAAACCAACCAAGGAUGUGCAUCUUAAAAUGUGCAUAUUUACAUUUUCAAGGAGUUGCGUUCAGCUACAUUAGAAAUGACCAAGAAUGUUUGGUAAUGAGAUCAUACAAAAUAUAAUUUUGGUGAGCUGUUUUGACCUGCUGUUUGCUGUUCAAUGUGCAGAACCUCUAAAAAUGACAUGCUCUUGGCUCUGUAACCUUAGCCUGUGGGAUAUAUAAAGUGCAGCUGUCGAGGGGUAAAAAGAAAUUUUAAUGGUUGAUUGUUUAGACUUUGAUUUUCUGACUUGACUACUCAAAAUAUCCCCAAACAUCCCCAAAAGGAGAAUAGUUUACAUGUGUGACUUGUGGUAAAAUGUGAAAGCGUGAAAUUUUAGAAAUUGAGUGCAAGAGACAUGUUUAAGAUUUUUUUUUUUUAUUGCAUUCAGAGCAAAAGAGGCACUAUGGCAAUUUUAACCAGUAUACAAUACCAGUAUACGGUAUUUUGAUGCCCUAAACGUUUCCCUUAAAAAAGUAAGGACUUCUUGAUGCAGGCAGGUAUAGUAUCAUGUAAAUCUAAUGCUCAAAGGGUCUGGUCACAUCUUUGUAGAAAACACAUUUUUAUUUCCUCAUCUCCAGCUGCCACUGUCACCAAAUAUUAUGAUCUUUUAACCAGAAAUGCCCUCAUUAAGCCAGAGUCGUUACACUUUUGUCAAGUAACCCUUUUAUCAAUACUUUUGUAAAACUGAUUCCAAUUGCUGUCAUAACCUGUCGGCUGUUUACCAACCGUGACGCAUCAUCUUUUCGUGUGUAUUGCCAGAUUUUCUGAUCUGUAGAAAAUGUGUGCUCUGCCUAAAAAAGACAUUGGGUACAGGACUACAAAAACCAACUAUUUUUGGGCCACAUUGCAGCUGCUCUCCCCUGACUUUGACAUUAGAAUGAAUAAAGGUGCUAGCUUCUUUAAUUAAAGAGAGAUGUGGAGAAUCCCCCCACUCAACAAACAUUGUCCCCUAAUUCAUCACAGCCCGAAGUCCUGCAGAUGCUUAUUACACAGGAGUAUACACACAGUAUGUGGCCUAAUGUGGCUUCUGAAAUAAUACAUUUGUUUUGGUACAAUUAACAGUAUGAUGGUCAUUUUUCAUUUUGGUCUAUUGUUCAUGCACCAAAUGUGUAUGUGACAUGUUUAUAUUUAUGAAUGGAUCAUAAUUGAUCAUGAAUUUGAAUUUGUUUAAUAAAACAGUUUUGAUGUUAA